CAAAUCGUUUGACUUUUGUAACAAGACCACAAAUUCAUUGUCUACAGCUCAACACGAACAUUAUCAUUGAUCUCGAGUGACGUCACUCCCCACGCUUUAUGACUGCCUACCUAGACCUACCUAGUGUACGUAGCUACAUACACAGGCAGCCAAGUAGAAGGUACUUGCUACGAGGGAUUGAUAAUAUACCCUGAUGGUGUGAGCCAUGACAUACGAUCUAGAUCUCAAAUAGAUAAAAGGAGCGGUUGUGAUACUCCGCGAGACUUCGGCAUUAGCGACCUAUACAGCAAACUCCGACCUACUCUACCGGUAUUCAAGCAAGCUCCGGUCCACAUAGAUCCUCUUACAUUGCAGGUUAAAUAUGUGAGGCCACACUCUAGUAACCGACUCGAUAAACACUUGUGUUACUAUCUCCAUCAUGGCUCGUAUCUUCAUCACUGGCUCAUCAGACGGCCUUGGCCUACGCUCAGCGCAAGCCCUCGUCAAACGUGGGCACGACCUCUACCUACACGCGCGCAACGGUCAGAGGGCACAGGACGCACGUGCUGCGUGUCCAGAAGCCAAAGACGUAUUCGUCGCAGACUUAACGUCCACGGAAGAGACCAAGUCGCUGGCAGCACAGCUAAACCAGACUGGUCCUUGGGACACCAUCAUGCAUAACGCCGGUCUUAUGAAUGGCGUAUCUAAUCUCAAGGGCAAAGAGGGACUCCCCGCGCUCUUCGCCGUCAAUACUCUAGCGCCGUAUAUUUUGUCAUCUUUGAUAGACCCACCACCGAAACGCUAUGUGUUUAUCAGCAGUGGCAUGCAUCAUGGCGGUGACCCAUCCCUACGCAACAUCCAACAGGCUUUCUACAGCGACACUAAGCUACAUAACGUCCUGCUUGCUUUCUGGUUUGCCCGGCGACUCAGGGACAGGUGGGUCACGAGCAACGUUCUUAAUCCGGGAUGGGUUCCAACAAAAAUGGGUGGCCGGAAUGCCCCCGACAGCAUUAGUGCUGCCAUCGAUACUUACGUGCUACUAGCUGAGGGGUCAGGCGCCGCAGAGGGUAAAACGGGCAAGUUCUGGUACAAAUCUCGCCCAAGAGGUCCGAAUGGUGCGAGCCGCGAGUCGAGUUAUGAGAGAUCUCUAGAUGACGAAACACGGCAGGAUAAGUUGAUUGAGAUGCUCGCGAGCAUUUCGGGCGUCGAACCUCCUCAGUUAUUGGGCAAAUCUUGACGAGCUAAUAGGGAGGCUCGACGACUGUCAUUUAUAACUAAUGGCGCCCUGGAACAUCGUCGAAUACGUAUGGAUAUAUCCACCAACAACCAAUAAACUGAACCGAUUAUGUCGCCCAUACCUACUCUGCUAGAUAGAAUAGAUAUCAUUUCUAACUCCAGUAAUCUGCUCCGUAUUACGAAAUAUCAUUCAAUCACUCUCAAUCCCGGU